ACACAGCCAAUCUGUGCCGCUCACUCUGGCGAGCCUGCCUCCUCACUCCAGGACUGCCAAGGGAAGCAAUCAACAAAAUGAAGACCGCUUUAAUUUUGCUCAGCAUUUUGGGAAUGGCCUGUGCUUUCUCAAUGAAAAAUUUGCAUCGAAGAGCCAAAUUAGAAGAUUCUGAAGAAAAUGGGGUCUUCAAGUACAGACCACGAUAUUAUCUUUAUAAGCAUGCCUACUUUUAUCCUCCUCUAAGACGAUUUCCAGUUCAGAGCAGUGACUCGUCAGAAGAAAACGGAGACGGUGAUAGUUCUGAAGAGGAGGAGGAAGGAGAGGAGGCUUCAAAUGAAGAAGAAAACAAUGAAGAUUCUAAUGGAAAUGAAGAUGAAGACUCUGAGGCUGAGAACAGCACACUUUCCACUACGACGCUUGGCUAUGGAGAGGAGAUCACGCCUGGAACGGGGGACACAGGGUUAGCUGCAAUCCAGCUUCCCAAGGAGGCUGGAGAUAAAAGAAACAAGGCUACAAAACAGAAGGAAAGUGAUGAAGAAGAGGAGGAAGAAGAGGAAGAAAAUGAGAAUGAAGAAAACGAAGCAGAGGUGGACGAAAAUGAGCAAGGCAUCAAUGGUACCAGCACCAACAGCACAGAGGUAGAUAACGGCAAUGGCAGCAGUGGUGGGGACAACGGAGAAGAAGAAGGUGAAGAAGAAAGUGUCACUGGAGCCGUUGCAGAAGGAACCACAGUGACCAGAGGGCAGGACAAUGGCGGCUCUAAGACAACGACCUCUUCCAAUGGUGGGUUGGUUCCCACAACUCCACCACAGAUUUACGGGACCACCUCCGUCAGUUAUGAGGAGUACGAACACACAGGCACCAAUCACUAUGACAAUGAAUAUGAGGUCUAUGAAAAUGAAAAUGGGGAACCCCGUGGGGAUAAUUACCGAGCCUAUGAGGAUGAGUACAGCUACUACAAAGGGCAGGGCUACGGAGGCUAUGGUGAUCAGGACUAUUACUAUCACCAGUGAGGGCCCAACCUGGGAUGAAUUCAUUCAUUCUAGGGUUGCAUCCGGCCACUCUUUUCAAAGUUCAACUCAGGAAGGUGCAAUCUAACAAAGGUGUGUACUAUAGUGUGGAAGGUGCUGCCAUUCCAAAGUGAUUUUCUGUCAUUGCUUCUGCGAGUCAUGGGCUUCUUGUUGCUUCUCCCUGGGAUGUUAUUGAAAGGUCAUUGUAAAUCAGGGCCAUUUAUUAAGUGAUACACCAAGCCAUGAGAUCAAAUAUGGCUAAAAGUUUUGAGUUAUAGUUCUACAAAUCGUAUUUCUCCUGUGUUUACACUAUUGCUAACUGCAAAAACAUCGUAUAAGAACUGCUUCUAAGAGGAGAUUCACUGACGUUAAUGGCACUGUAUACAAUCAAUGUGUAGUUCAUUAAUCAUACUACCUACCCAACACUGUAUAUUAGAUUUAAUUAUUAUCCUCAUGUAUUUUUAUGUGACUUGUAUGUACAUUCUAUCUCUGCGUUUUAUCACAAAUAAAAAUGCAGUCUCUCAAAUGUGUUAUAAUUAAGAAA